AGGUGGACGGUUUCGAUGACCUCUACUGGAAUGAAUGGUAUGCUCUUCAUACGCAAAUUGCAGUUCAACCAAAAGCAGCCGCCAGACGAGUUGCUCGAACAAUCUGCAUUGUUUCGCUACAUCAUGACGGCUGCUGUAGAUCAUUUCAACGUAUUCAUUGUCUGCGCUAUGGAGUCAGAGCUACAGGCUACAAAAGGAGUCCUAGAAAAUGGAACUGGGAGCAAGUUUGAAAACAAAUACCUAGGUAUGGGAGACCUCAGCACGCUCAACGUGAGAAUGUGCGAGAAAUGGAAUUCUACUGAGAUGAAGGUGGGCAUGGUCGCACAAACACAGAUGGGAGGAAUUGAGUGUCACAAGCUGGUCUCCAAACUCGCCAAAUACUUCACGGCUAACGUGUUGGCGAUGACGGCAUUUGUGCUGGAGAUGAGAAUAAAUACGGUCAUGUGGAGCACGGCUGUGUUUUUGUUGCUGAUAGAACGAUAUUGUCAAGUGAUUUAGCUGCUAGUGAUAAAAUGCAUUAAUAUUGUUAGAGAUUAUGUUUGAUCAAUUGGUGUAUGCGACUGACGUGAAAUUAUAUUACCAUAUUUCUUUGAUUAAACGGCGUCCUCGUUUAAACGCCCCAGUUGUAUCGCUAGCUAGAAAUAAACGCUACAGCAUUAGUCGAAAAAAUACGGUAAUAUAUAGACAAUAUGAACUAAAACAAUUAUUUCAAACUUAAUUUACUGUUAACAUGUGA